AUGCUCUCCCUGCAACCAUCUGCAAAUCCUUCGGACAGAUGUACCGCCAACGUCUUGCCAUGCCGCAUCCAUCAUGACGGGCCGACCAAGGUGACCAAAAGAUACUGGGCUCCACAAGCCGAGAAAGAUGGCACGCAGACUUCAUAUUUUCGGGGUCGAAAGCUGCGAGGGAGAGUUAUACAGUUGCCGGCCGCUUAUCGGGGCAUUGUCGCGAAAUCUACCGAUCAAUACUUGAGACGGCCCAUCAAAGAUCCGUCGCGCCCGGCCUAUACUCCUGUGGACGAGGAUAUUGAGAUACUGGAGGAAGAAGAUGAGCCGCCCGAGCCGGUCAAGAUACUCGAAACGCUAUCCUCCUUCGAUGAAGUGGUGGUAUGGGGCCACGACCAGACCCCUGGACCAGAAGACUUGUUCGUGAAGGGGCUCGAGGAGUGGAUAGGCUUUGCUGAAGCCAUCCAUGGCAAGCCUGAGGCUGAGAUGCAACCAUUGGGCGCCGACAAUGAGGCUCGGAACGGGAGUUGA